AUGGACACGUUUCCCUCAAAAUCAAAGCAAAAAUAUUUCACUCACGGCCUUUCUGGCUGUGCCAUUUUCUCAAUUACUCUAUCUGUCACUAUUCUGAUAUGGGGAGCAUAUCUGGUUGGGACGAACCGCGACCGUCUGGUCAGCAACGGCCGGGGGAAAUCCCCUAUUCCAAAUGUACCACUGCUUAAAGAACCUGUUGUUUUCCAAAUGGAUAAGCGCUGGGAGGGAUCAGACCCCGAAACUCACAAACUCUGGGAAACUGAACACCUUGGUGGUUUUCAGUAUACUUUCGUUGUCGAUAAUCCACGGGACUAUGGUUUACAGAUAGGGUUGCCAGAUGGAGCUCAUGAACGAUUUGUCAUGAGCAUGCAUCACCAGCUACAUUGCCUGGCAAGUAUUCGCAUGGCCUAUUUCAAUCAAACUGACUCUCAUAAACAUCGACGGGAGGACGUGUCUCAGGAGGAAAUAGUAAAAGCGAAACUUUUAAGUCACCUCCAUGUUGAUAAUUGCUUCGACUAUCUGAGGCAGGCAGUCCAAUGUUCCGCGGACACCACCAUUGAAUGGCCGCGGGUGGAAAAAGACGGACGGAGAAUGGAAACUGAUGGCUGGGGCGUUCCCCAUCAUGAAUGCAAGGACCUGAGCAUAAUCAAAAACUUUAUUGCACAGCAUCAAUAA